AUGACUGGAACUCCUGGAGCUGCUGCUGGUACCCCUGCUGUGAACCCAAAUGCACCUGUUCCAAACAUCAUGGCUAAUCAUGCCGAGCGACCUGAAAAAUUUUCUGUUUUGAACUUCAAGAAGCAGCAGCUGAAGAUGCUAUUCUACUUGACCAUUUUGAACUUGGAUCGGUUCCUAGAAACUGCUCUUGUAAUUGUUGAGGGACAGACUGUUGCUCAAUCUUUGAAUGCAGUGGAAUGGAAGCACUCAAAGUUUCUGUGCCACAACUAUGUGUUGAAUGGGCUAAUUGAUGCACUUUAUAAUGUCUAUUGUAAAGUUGCAACUGCUAAGGAACUAUGGGAGUCUUUAGAAAGGAAGUAUAAGACAAAAGAUGCUGGUACCAAGAAGCAUGUUGUUGCUAAGUUCUUGGAAUACAAAAUGAUUGACUCAAAAUCUGUUAUGAGUAAAGUCCAAGACCUUCAGGUAAUUAUACAUGAUAACAAUGAAGAAGGGAUGGACCUUAAUGAGUCUUUCCAAGUUGCAUCAAUGGUUGAAAAGCUUCCUCUCGGUUGGAUAGACUUCAAAAAAUACCUUAAGCAUAAGCGAAAGGAGUUGUCUGUAGAGGAACUGGCGGUGCGUCUUCGCAUUGAAGAAGACAAUCGAAUGGAUUUGAAGAAAGGCAGUGAAGUUGAAUCUUCUAAGGUUUAUACAGUGAAAGCUCGUCACACUUCCAAGAGAAAAGGCAAGGGACCUCACAAAGGGAAAGCAAAUGGAAAAAACUUAGGCCCCAAGGCAGGAACUUUCAAUAAGAAAUUCAAGUGCUACAAUUAUGGUUAA